AACCGGCGAAACAAUCCCCAAUUCUUUGUGAUCCGGCGGCGCACGAGCCGAUCGAUUCAGAAGAACCAAUCCCCAUCUUGACUCCCUUCCCUCUCGUCUCCACCGAAAAGUCUGCAGCCAUGGCGACGAGGACGCUGGAGCUGACGCUGAUCUCGGCCAAGGAUCUCAAGGAGGUGAACCUGCUCUCCAAGAUGGAGGUCUACGCCUUCGUCUCGCUCUCCGGCGACCCCCGCUCGCGGCAGCGGAUCCAGGCCGACCGCACCGGCGGCCGCAACCCCACCUGGAACGCCACGCUCCGAUUCAACGUCCCGGCCAGCGGCGCCGGGUCCCUCCACGUCCUCCUCCGCGCCGAGCGCGCCCUCGGCGACCGCGACGUCGGCGAGGUCCACAUCCCGCUCUCCGAGCUCCUCUCCGGCGCCCCCGACGGCCCCGUCCCCGCCAAGUUCGUCGCCUACCAGGUCCGCAAGAUCUCCUCCGGCAAGCCACAGGGAGUCCUCAACUUCUCCUACAAGCUCGGUGAGGUCACCCAAUCGGCCGCUGGCUACGCCCCCGCCCCCGCCCAGUCCGCCUACACCCAGCCUCCCUCCGCCUACCCGCCGGCAGGCAAGACCGACGCGUACCCGCCUCCCUCCGCCUACCCGCCUGCGGCCAAGGCCGACGCGUACCCGCCUCCCACCGCCUACCCGCCGGCCGCCAAGGCCGACGCAUACCCUCCUCCAACCGCCUAUCCGCCCACCGGCAAGACCGAGGCGCCAGCAACCGCUUACCCGCCCCCAUCCGGCUACCCGCCAGCCUCGGGCAAGCCGGCUAAGGCCGGCGAGCCGGUGACUGCGUACCCUGCCGCCGGCCCCAGCACCGCGGCGCCCUACGCCGCUCCUCCGCCGCAGUACGGGUACGGUUACCCACCGCAGCAGCCCGCCGGGUACGGGUAUCCUCCCCCGCCGCCGCAAGCCGGGUACGGGUACGGUGGGUACCCGCCGCAGGCCGGGUACGGGUACCAGCAGCAGGCCGUGAAGCCGCAGAAGAAGAAGAACAACUUCGGGAUGGGGCUCGGGGCCGGGCUGCUCGGAGGCGCCGUCGGCGGGCUCCUGAUCGGCGAUAUGAUGUCGGACGCGUCGGCGUACGAUGCCGGCUACGACGCCGGGUUCGACGACGGCGGCUUCGAUUUCUAGAGCGUUCUGGCUACUGGCUUCAUCCUACUACAGUAGAGGCCUUUGUUUUGCAUUUGACUUUGUGUUUCGUUUGUACUCCUACCUAAUUGUCUCAGGACCGAAUCAAACUAUGCAUCUUACUCCUGAUGUCUCAGGAGUACCUGAUGCCAUGGUAAUGUAAAUAUGAUGCCGCAGAGACAGUAUAUGAAUUGCAAUUUCGUUUUUGUUCUGAA